AUGAAAGAAAACUUACCAUAUUGGACAUCAAGAAAUAAAGAGAUUGACAAAUUAAUUCGCUACACUCAAUUAAAUGCUACUCAAGCUUGUGAUUACUUGGAGUGGAUACCUUUUGAGAAUUUUGAACUUGUUAAAUAUAUUGCUCUUUGGAUGGAAGGACCUAGAUGGAUUUGGGAUGAAGGAUAA